GCACCUCUCCCCCCCUCGGCACGUUCGACAAUGCUGAACACAUUGCUGACGCUUGCGUCCAACCCGUAUGUGGUCAUUGGGGUUGUUGCGGCCAUUCUUCUCUUUGUCCUCUUCAUUGGCUUUACCCCUGCCAAUGCGCCGCCGAUUGUGUCUACAGGGCUCCCUAUUGUGGGCCCUAUUCUUGCGUUUAUGAAGAACCCGUACCAGCUUGCGCUCGACUCGUACCGGCGGUACGGCGAGGUGUUUACCAUCAAGGUUGCGAACCAGCGGCUGACGUUCCUUGUGGGACCGGAGGCAUCUGAGCCGUUUUUCAAGGGCAAGGAUGCGGACAUGUCGCAGAACGAGGUGUACAAGUUCUCUGUGUCGAUUUUCGGCAAGGGUGUUGUGUACGAUGUGCCGACGCCGAUCCGGAUUGAGCAGAUCAAGUUCAUGUCGUCUGCGCUGCGGUCUGACGUGCUGCGGUCGUACGUGGACGACAUGGUGCUGGAGGCGCGGCAGUACUUUGGCAAGUGGGGCGAGUCCGGGACUGUGGACCUGGCCCAGGUCUUCUCUGAGCUUAUUAUCCUGACUGCGUCGCGGUGCCUGAUGGGCCCCGAGGUGCGCGAGCACAUGUUUGAGCAGGUUGCGGAGCUGUUCCGGGCACUUGACGAGGGCCUCCUCCCGAUCACGUUCUUCUUCCCUGAGCUCCCGAUUCCUGCGCACCGUGCGCGGAACGCGGCGCGCGAGGAGAUGGUCAAGCUGUUUGCGGGGAUCAUGGAGGAGCGGCGGGCGAACCCGGACAAGAUCUACACGGACAUGCUCGACCAGUUUAUGAACGCGCAGUACAAGGACGGGCGGACGCUGACGGACCGCGAGGUGACCGGGCUCAUGAUCUCGCUGCUCUUUGCCGGACAGCACACGUCGUCCAACUCGUCGGCGUCGACGCUGCUGCACCUGCUGCGGUCGGACUCGACGGUGGACAACACGGAGCACCUGCAGGCUGUGCUCGACGAGCAGCAGGCCAUGAUUGCCGAGUUUGGCGACGAGCUCAACUAUGACGUGCUCGAGAAGAUGGACCGGCUCCAUGUGUCGAUCAAGGAGGGCAUCCGGCUCUGCCCGCCGCUCAUCUUUGUCAUGCGCAAGGUGAAGAAGGCGUUCAGCGUCAAGGGCUACACCGUGCCGGUGGGCGACCUUGCCUUUGUCUCGCCGCCGGUCUCGCACCGGGUGGAGUCGAUCUUCACCAACGCCGAGACGUACGACCCGACGCGGUUCCUCCCGCCGCGCGAGGAGGACAAGAAGGCCCGGUUUGCCUUUGCCGGCUUUGGCGGCGGGCGCCACGGGUGCCUCGGCGAGAACUUUGCCUACCUCCAGAUCAAGACCAUCUUCUCGGUCCUGCUCCGGUCGUACAAGCUCAAGCUCGUCGAUCCCUUCCCUGAGCAGGACUACACCGGCCUUGUUGUCGGGCCCAAGCCGUGCCAGGUUGCCUACGAGCGGAUCUGAGUUUUUAACAGCCCAGCGUUUGCAC